GUUGAGUGCUUCUCAGACUACAUGACCCUGUGGAUCCCGAGGAGCCACGUGGAGGGGCUGAGGCGGUGGCUGGCCAGGACCUUGCACUCGCCAGGCACCUGGAGGUCCCCUGACCACCUGGAUUCUUCUCUUGCUAAAUGUGGCUACUUCCUGCAUCCGGCUUCAGACGGUGACUUCCUUUUUCGAGUUCAAUACUCGGCCUGCUUUGUGCAGAAAGAGAAAGCAAAUUACAGGCUGGAAAUCAGAAUAUUUCAGAAAGGGGUGAUGGGGUUGGAGCGGAGUGAUCGCUACAUAAUGAAGUGUCCGAUGCUAAGGUCAAGGCUGGGCCAGGAAAGCGUCCACUGUGGGCCCAUGCUCAUCCAGGUCUCCCGGCCCCUGCCCCUGUGGAGGGACAAUAGACAGACUCCAUGGCUGCUGUCCCUUCGAGGGGAGCUGGUGGCUUCUCUUGAAGAUGCCAGCCUGAUGGGACUGUAUGUGGACAUCAAUGCCACCACUGUCACCGUCCAAAGCCCAAGACAAGGCCUUCUUCAGAGGUGGGAGGUGCUGAACACCUCUGCUGAGCUCCUGCCACUAUGGCUGGUGAGCGGUCACCAUGCCUAUUCUUUAGAAGCUGCUUGCCCACCGGUGUCAUUCCAGCCAGAGUCGGAGGUCUUAGUUCACAUCCCCAAGCAGAGACUGGGUCUAGUCAAAAGAGGUUCCUACAUUGAGGAAACCCUGAGCCUCAGAUUCCUCCGAGUCCACCAGUCCAACAUCUUUAUGGUGAUUGAGAACAAGGACUUUGUGGUGGUCAGCAUUCCGGCGGCCGGGGUGCUCCAGGUCCAGCGAUGCCAAGAAGUCGGAGGAACCCCGGGAACACAAGCUUUCUAUAGGGUAGACCUGAGCCUGGAAUUUGCCGAGAUGGCUGCCCCAGUCCUCUGGACAGUGGAGAGCUUCUUCCAGUGUGUGGGUUCAGGAACAGAGUCGCCUGCCUCAACUGCUGCACUGAGGACCACUCCCUCCCCACCAUCCCCAGGACCAGAGACCCCUCCAGCAGGAGUGCCAGCUGCUGCUUCCUCCCAGGUGUGGGCUUCAGGACCAGCUGCCCAGGAAUGGCUUUCUCGGGACAUCCUGCACUGGCCUUCCGACGCGCUGGCCAAGAAGGGGCUUGGACCAUUCCUGCAAACAGCCAAACCGGCGAGAAGAGGCCAGACAUCUGCCUCCAUUUUCCCCAGAGUGGUGCAAGCUCAGCGAGGUCCCCAGGCUCCCCCAGGGGAAGCAGGGUUCCCUGGACACCCCACACCUCCAGCCACGCUCCCCUCGGAGCCUGUAGAUGGUGUCCAGGCUAGUCCCUGGCGGCCACGUCCAGUCUUGCCAGCGCACCCGGCUCUGACCAUGCCCGUGUCCUCAGACGCCUCCUCUCCUUCACCGCCAGCCCCAAGGCCUGAACGACCUGAAUCGCUCCUGGUCUCAGGACCAUCUGUCACCCUGACUGAAGGUCUAGGAACUGUGAGGCCUGAACAGGACCCCGCCAAGUCUCCAGGAAGUCCCCUCCUGCUGAGAGGGUUGUCAAGCGGGGAUGUGGCUGCACCCGAGCCCAUCAGGGGGGAGCCUGGCCAAGCCAGUGAGGAGUUCCAGCCAUUGGCGAGGCCCUGGCAGGCCACACUGGCUGCAGAGGAGCUGGUUUCUCACCGUUCUCCCGGAGAGCCCCAGGAAACGUGCUCUGGAACGGAGGUGGAGAGGCCACGCCAGACAGGGCCUGGUCUCCCCAGCGAGGGGGCCAGGGGGCACGUGGAUCUUUCCUCCUCAGAACCAAGCCAGGACAUAGAGGGGCCGGGACUCUCCAUCCUGCCAGCGAGGGAUGCCACAUUCUCCACCCCAAGUGUGAGGCAGCCAGACCCCAGUGCCUGGCUGAGUUCAGGACCUGAACUCACCGGGAUGCCCAGGGUGAGGCUGGCAGCGCCCCUGGCAGUUCUUCCUAUGGAACCUCUGCCACCAGAACCUGUUCACCCAGCAGCUCUUCUGACACCCGAAGCCUCAUCUGUGGGAGGACCAGACCAGGCCCGAUACCUGGAGUCAGCCCCUGGCUGGCCUGUGGGCCAGGAGGAGUGGGGGGUUGCACACACGUCCAGCCCUCCAUCCACACAAACCCUGAGCCUGUGGGCUCCCACAGGAGUGUCGCUACCCAGCCUGGUGGAGCUUGAAUACCCCUUCCAGGCUGGCCGGGGGGCCUCACUCCAGCAGGAGCUGACAGAGCCCACCUUGGCCCUCAGUGCUGAAAGCCACAGGCCUCCUGAGCUUCAAGACAGUGUGGAGGGGCUUUCUGAGAGGCCCCCACGCUGAGCCUCCAUGGAGACUCCAGGGUGGACCCCCAGACGCCCACCUCCAGGCAGACCCAUCACUGGAAGUGGGAUUUGAAAUGCAGCCAAGAAGAGGAGACCGUCGGCAACGCCCGCCCGGAACAAUAAAUAAAUAAAUAAAUAAUCAGGGUUGUCUUGGCUGAUAAACGGCCCCCACCUCAAAGAAGACUUCUCCCCCCUCUGCGCUCCCUCCUCCCCCCUCUCCGGGCAGAUCCGUCCUGGGCAAAAGCUUAAUAGCCCCAUUUAAGGCUUUUCCUUUUCACCACGAGAUUGAGCUGCUCCUGCCAUUACGAGGUUUUCAGCUUCUCUCUGAAAUC